AUGAGCCCGACUGGCCGUGCUGUCACCUUGUGCCUGUCAGUACUGCGGACCCACCUGCCUCAGGGACCAGACUACCGAAACCGCCACAGAGGGCUGACUCGAUUCCGACCGUCCAUUGCCAGUUCAGUCCAAGGAGACCGACCCCCCUCUCCCCUCGCGGUGACACGGCGGCUGCGGGAGACUCGAGAGGCCGAGAGGAGAUUCAACCAUGGGCUGCAUAAAGAGCAAGAGGACAAAGGACCAGCUAUGAAGUACAGACCAGAUGACACUACAGGAACUGUUGGUGUACAUAUUACUCACUACGGACCUGACCCAACCCAACUGACACAGUCACCAGCAUCAAAGGGAUCAAGUAAUUUUAACAAUCAUUCCAUCACACCAUUUGGUGGGUCAGCUGGUAUUGCACCAUUUGGCGGUGCUUCCUCAUCAUUCACAGUUGUACCUAGCCAGUAUACAAGUGGUGUUACGGGUGGUGUAACCAUUUUUGUGGCCUUAUAUGAUUAUGAAGCUAGAACAACAGAAGACCUGUCUUUCAAAAAAGGUGAAAGAUUCCAGAUCAUAAAUAACACGGAAGGAGACUGGUGGGAAGCCCGAUCUAUCACCACAGGAAAAAAAGGUUACAUUCCCAGCAAUUAUGUGGCUCCCGCUGACUCUAUCCAAGCCGAAGAGUGGUACUUUGGUAAAAUGGGUCGCAAAGAUGCAGAGCGAUUGCUGCUACAUCCAGGAAAUCCACGUGGUACAUUCUUGGUUAGAGAAAGUGAAACCACAAAAGGUGCAUAUUCUCUUUCAAUACGAGAUUGGGAUGAAGUGAAAGGUGAUAAUGUGAAACACUACAAAAUCAGAAAGCUUGAUAGUGGCGGUUAUUAUAUUACAACACGAGCACAGUUUGAAUCACUACAGAAACUGGUGAAACACUAUACAGAUCAUGCAGAUGGUUUGUGCCACCGAUUAACUAAUGUCUGCCCUACCGUGAAACCACAAACCCAAGGAUUAGCAAAAGAUGCGUGGGAAAUUCCUCGGGAUUCCUUACGUCUGGAACUUAAACUUGGGCAAGGCUGUUUUGGUGAAGUGUGGAUGGGAACUUGGAAUGGAACCACUAAAGUAGCAAUCAAAACCCUAAAACCUGGUACCAUGUCCCCAGAGGCCUUCUUACAAGAGGCUCAGAUUAUGAAGAAAUUGCGUCAUGAUAAACUUGUCCCUCUCUAUGCUGUUGUCUCUGAAGAACCAAUCUACAUUGUAACGGAAUAUAUGGCAAAAGGAAGUUUAUUGGAUUUUGUAAAGGAAGGGGAUGGGAAAUUUCUGAAACUUCCUCAGCUUGUUGAUAUGGCUGCACAGAUUGCUGAUGGCAUGGCAUACAUUGAACGAAUGAACUACAUCCACAGAGACCUGAGGGCAGCCAACAUCCUUGUAGGUGACAACCUUGUGUGUAAAAUAGCAGACUUCGGUUUAGCGAGGUUGAUCGAAGACAAUGAGUAUACUGCAAGGCAAGGAGCCAAAUUUCCCAUUAAGUGGACAGCCCCAGAGGCUGCUUUGUACGGGCGGUUUACAAUCAAAUCUGAUGUGUGGUCUUUUGGAAUCCUGCUGACAGAACUAGUUACCAAGGGUAGAGUGCCAUAUCCAGGUAUGGUGAACAGAGAAGUCCUGGAGCAAGUGGAACGUGGUUACAGGAUGCCUUGUCCCCAGGGAUGUCCAGAUUCUCUCCACGAGCUCAUGAAACAGUGUUGGAAAAAAGAUGCAGACGAGAGACCAACAUUUGAAUAUAUACAAUCCUUCCUGGAAGACUACUUUACUGCAACAGAGCCCCAGUACCAACCUGGAGAUAAUCUAUAAGCCACAUCAACUGCACAAGGCUUGUUGGUCUGCCAAAACUCACAGUUGGUGACUGCCUUUCAGUGCUUUACCAAUGUGCACAAUGAUGGUCACAGUCUGGAAUUCCAGUGCGCAGUUGCACAGAACCACUUUUUUUAACAGAACAUUUGUUAAUCGUUUUGCCAUUUCAUUUCAGGGUACUAAAGGAACUAAUUUUUUGUGAACACUUAAUUUUUAUGUUAAAUAUGGUGGUUUGGAGGAGCAACAGAAUAGGGCCUGUGUAUCGUAAUGUGAAGACUUCUUUGAUCCUAUGAAACUCUAACUUAGGUAUUAAUGAGAAAUCAUGUAUUUUUGAAGAGGAUUGAGUCUAACUUUUUAGCCUGCAUAAAUGGAUAGCAAUCAGAUUUAAACUUCUUAAACUAAAUUGGCCCAGGUCUGUAAAAUCUGGACGAUACAAGAGCUGAACUUGAUUUACUGGGAAACCUCAAUAAUAAGAUGAUUGUGGUAUGUUUGAGUAUUGCACUGUGUUCAAUCUUUGUAUUGGUGUAACUGGAAAUGCAGCAUGAGAUUUUAAAUUUUAUACGUAGCUUGGGUUUGAUUGAAAAACACUAGGAAAAUAAUGAACCAAUGUUUUGUAACGUUGUUUAUAAACAAAACUACAAAUCUUUUAAACUUGAAACGCUAUCGUACAAUUAGCUUCAUAUGAGGUGUAUUUUGAGGAGUGGGGGGUAAAUUUUGAAUGGAUGAAUAUGUAUCUCCAUUUAUGACCUAGCAGAACUUGGUAUUUUAAAGAUACGGUUUAUUUCUACAAAAGAACAUAUGCUUUUAAUUGAAAGUUCUAAUAAAAUAACAAACCUGCAGAUCCAGGCAUAUCAAGCAAUAAUGGAUGGGUGGUAGUGCUGCAGUUGUGAUAGUUACUGAUAUAAAAGUGUGAACUGUUCAUUAUACACUGUGGGAACGAAUGAUGAAAUGCUCUUGGUGCAAAAAGCACAAGUCCCCAAAAAUGAGCAAGAGCAUUUGUUCAUGAAAUGUGACCUCCAAAUGUUUACAGGGCCUGCUUUAACUGUGGGAAUGUAGCACAUAUCCUCUGAUGAGUGCCAUCACUUUUACAUGUUUUUUUUGUGCUCUGAUUUAACCUGUGACAGUAGAUUUUUAAAGGGCUCUGUAUGAAAUCAUGGAACCUAUGAUUUGUUUUGUAACUUUUUGAAAAAUCAGCAAGCUUUGGUUGUCUGUAUUCGGUACUAAUACCAUAGAACUCCAGCACUGCCAGAAAUACUUUCUGGUGAUGGACUGAAUCAUUCCUGUAAUAGAAUAUUUGUACAGUAAAUAAACACUAAUUUGUGUCA